GUCAGAUGUCAAUUUGAUAUGGUCUGGAAAUUGAUUUGCGAUUUUUUGAUUGUUGCGAAGUAGAUAUUUUGAGAAUAUUCAAACAAAUUGGACUAAAUAUUGAGAUAGUUAUAGGGUGUAAAGGCUUUAUUUUAGAAGAAAAUCGUAGUGCACACACAUAAAGCUCAUAUAUCGUUUAAGAUAUUCAAUAAGGUUAUGUUUAUUAGAUAGCUUAUCGAUCGAUCAGUGUUUUCGACGUAUUACAUUGUAUCUCGAUAUGGCGCAAAAAAAUUGGGGAUUCUGUGAUUUAUCAGUCAGUAGGGAUUGCGACAUUACUAAGAUAUCUUGCUUACAGAAAUUAGGUCUUAAUACAGUUGCUAUAAAUACGCAUGUAGAAGAAAUAAGCGAUGAGCCGAAAAAGAAAAAACGUAAAGGCGAAACAAAGGAGAAAAAAGAUUUCGUACCAAAUCCUGUAGACAUUCCUAAAGAUUUAAACAAGGGUGAUAUUAACAUUCUACAGAGAGUGACAAUAGAGUUUUCAGAAUCUAGCAUUAGCCAUAAGUUCAAUCAUUCUGAAAAUUUAAGGAAAUACGAUAUAAUCGCUGUUAUACCUAAGACAUUACAAGCAUUUCAAUAUGCAUGCUCCAGUCUUGAUGUUGAUAUCAUCACAUUUGACCCUCAGACUCGGCUGCCUUUCAAAGUCAGCCGCAAAUUGUACAAUCAAGCAGUAGAAAGGGGCUUGUUCUUUGAACUGAUGUAUAGUCCAGCAAUUAAAGAUUCUACUGCAAGAAGAAAUAUAAUAAGUAUGGCUCACAGUUACUUUGCUGUUGGCAAAUCAAAUAAUAUUAUUAUAUCAAGUGGAGCAGAUAAUUAUCAUUACAUCAGAGGGGUUCAUGAUGUUAUUAACCUUGGCUUUAUAUUCGGCAUGAACAGUAAUCAGAGCUUGGAUUCUAUCCGAAAUAACACUCGUCGACUUAUUAUUAAAGCUGAAGGAAGAAGAUGCGGCAGGCAUUACCUGGUAGUGACACAUGAUAAAGAAAAAGUAAAACACAAAGAGUAAUUGAGUGAUUUUAUUUAAUAUUUUGUAUUGUUAAUUUAAAUAUAAGAGAAAAUCCAUACAUUGGCAUAAAAUGUAAAUACUGGAGUCAUUUCUGCAAUUAUUUCAAGUUUAGAAUAACCAAUUUGUUGUAACAAUUUGUUUAAUGAAAACAGUCAAUAUUUUGCAACUAAGGACAUUUAAAAAUAAUAGGACAUUACAAAAUUCAUACUCAAAAGACUAGUUAAGUUUUCAGUUGGAUAGUUCGGCACUCGCAACACCUGUGUGUUUAAAAUUUGUAGUAAAGUGCUUGUAAUGUCCACUAUAAUUAAUAUUAUAUUUGAAUGUCUUUGUUUAACAUAUCUAAGUGUAAAACUACAUAUUUUUGUAACAUUUAUUUUGUUAAACACAAAGUAGAAUAACAUUUUAUCUUACAUAUGUAUCACAGUUUAAGACCAAACAGACAUUUUUUAGUUAAUAGUAUAAGAUGCUUCACUCAUGUAUGCUAUAUUUUAAUAAACAUUAAAAAUAAGUCAAAGAAAUAGGAACCAUAACAUUAUGAGUCUUUGUAGAAACUUAAUAUUGAUAUUAUUAACAAUUUUGUAGAGAUUUCAAAAAUGUAGUCAUCCAUUUCAUGUAUUCAUAUAUACAAUAAACUUUAAAGCUCAAAUU